AUGGUGCGGGCGGCGGCGUCGGGGGUGGGGGCGGCCUGACGUGGGCGCGGGGCGGCCCGUGGGCCGGCGCCGCGGUGAUUUGCUGCGCGGCGCGGCGAGCGGCGGCGGCGGCGAUGAGAGCGGGCAGUGCGAACUGCCGGAGCAGCCGCCGGCCGCCUCGGCACACAAAGCUGGUCCCAGAUUUGAGCGACGACAAGGCACCCUAAUGAGUGGACCUCGGGAUCGCUAUGGAUUUGACUAAGAUGGGCAUGAUACAGCUCCAGAACCCCUGCCACCCCACGGGGCUGCUACACAAAGCCAACCAGAUGCGCCUGGCGGGGACGCUGUGCGACGUGGUCAUUAUGGUGGACAGCCAGGAGUUCCAUGCUCACAGGACAGUGUUGGCUUGCACUAGUAAAAUGUUUGAGAUCCUCUUCCACCGCAACAGUCAGCAUUACACCCUGGACUUCCUCUCACCAAAGACUUUCCAGCAGAUACUGGAGUAUGCUUACACUGCAACCCUCCAGGCAAAGGUUGAAGACUUGGAUGACCUGCUCUAUGCAGCUGAGAUUCUAGAAAUAGAGUAUCUAGAAGAGCAGUGCCUGAAGAUCUUGGAGACCAUCCAGGCAUCUGACGAAAACGACGCCGAAGUCACCAUGACAGACGGAGGUGCCGAGGAAGAGGAGGACAGGAAAUCGAGGUACAUCAAGGGUCUUUUCAUCUCCAAGCAUUCCAGCGAGGAGAGCGGCUAUGCCAGCGUGGCUGGUCAGAGCAUGCCAGGAACCAUGGUGGAGCAAAGCCCGUCCGUCUCCACCUCCUUUGGCCUCUCUGCCAUGAGCCCCACCAAGGCGGCAGUGGACAGCCUGAUGACCAUCGGGCAGUCGCUGCUGCAAGGCGCCUUGCAGCAGAACGCCCCUGAGGACUCGCAUGCUGCCAGCGGCCGCCACCCUGGCCUUGCUGAAGUCAAAACCGAAGUGAUGCAGGUGGAGGAUGCCUCCAGCCAUGAGAGCCCCCGGACAGCAGAGUCCAGCGCUUCCAGUGGGGAGAAGUCUGAUGACAAGGGCAAGGAGGGCCCUGGCACCCCGACCCGCAGCAGUGUUAUCACCAGUGCCCGUGAACUGCACUAUGUCCGCGAUGAGAGCACAGAGCAGCCUCCCGAGGCCGGACAGGGGCUGCCGCUGGGGCCGGAGCAGUCCACGGCUGCGAGCGAGAAACCCCUGGGUGUCUACUCCGUGCUACCAAACCACAAAACUGACUCUAUGCUUGGCAUGCCACCCUCCAUGCCAUCUGCCCUUCACAUGCAGCCAGCCCUUGCCGUGUCCAUGGACUUCAGCGCUUACGGAGGGCUCCUGCCCCAAGGCUUUAUUCAGAGGGAGCUGUUCAGUAAGCUCGGGGAGUUGGCAGCUGGCAUGAAAACGGAGAGCAGAGCUGUGGGCGAGCAGUGCAGCGUGUGUGGGGCAGAGCUGCCGGACAACGAGACCGUCGAACAGCACAGGAAGCUGCACAGCGGUAUGAAGACGUACGGAUGCGAGUUGUGCGGGAAGCGGUUUCUGGACAGCUUGCGGCUGCGAAUGCACUUACUGGCGCACUCAGCGGGUGCCAAAGCGUUUGUCUGUGAUCAGUGCGGUGCACAGUUCUCAAAAGAAGAUGCCCUGGAGACACACAGGCAGACACAUACUGGUACGGACAUGGCUGUGUUCUGCCUGCUCUGUGGCAAGCGCUUCCAGACGCAGACGGCCCUGCAGCAGCACAUGGAGGUGCACGCAGGGGUGCGCAGCUACAUCUGCAGCGAGUGCAACCGCACCUUCCCCAGCCACACCGCCCUCAAGAGGCACCUGCGCUCCCACACAGCUUCCAGCGUGCACAGAUGCUGGCUGCUUGGGGAAGAAUCAGGGGAAAGUGUCUCUGUCCUGGGCUGUCAGUGGUGCCUGUUGGCCCUGCACGUGCACCUGCAUCUGUGCUUCCAACCAGGAAAACCAGAAUCAUGCAGUGAUUAUGAGUCCGUUAAUGCCAAGUGGAAGAGCUAUUCAUAGCAAGUAAUCCACUGACCCAGGCUCCAGGUCGGGCUGUGUGGGUUCUACCCCAGCCUCUGAUUGUUUAUUAGCUCUUGGCUAGAGAAUAGAGAUCCCGGAUCAUCAGAGCUUUAUGAUUUUUUUUUUUUUCCUGGUUCUUUUCGGAGUGGGAGCACAAUGCUGAGUCCACAGAGGAGCCUGGGAUGUAGUGCCCGGCUCCAUGCUGACACCCUCACAGUAUCCCAGGGCUGUGCAAAAAUGACAGAAAUUUGGGGUUUUCUUCUCACUAUGGAAAGGACAAGGGCGGCAGCCCUUACAGAUGGUGCCGUUUCUGCCAGCCCCUGUUCUGGUGAGUGGGUCAGGGUGAGAGAGGAGGGAGUGCCUGUGUUGUGCAUAAGAAUUUACAUGGGUUUCUCUGCUUAUUUUUAAACCAAACACCUGCUCUGAUUUCCUUAGUGCUCUGGUGUAAACGGUUACAUCUGUCUGCCUCCAUUUCUUGCCUGGAAAAUUGGUAUAAUGAGCAUUUACCCCAGCUCUUGCUCUUUGAAGCCCCUUUGGCCACAGCUUGUGUCCCUGCCACUUGCCUUGGACCCAGCACCAGCCCGUGCGGCUGCUCUCAGCGUAGCAUCAGCAGCUGUGGUCAGCUCUGCUGGGUCCCUGCUUUAUGUGGCUGGCCGUACAGUAACCACUGCGCUGGGGAGAAGUGGUGCGUUACGGCCCCACAGCCUGUGGCACAGGCAAGGGCUCCAGGUAGCAAUGUGGAAGCGGGGUCACAGGUGCCACAGGCUGGCCAGAGGGGCUCUAAUUAGUCCCCUUUGUCCUUCAUUUAAUGUCAGGCUCAUUAAAGACUGCAAAGUUAAUCAACAUGCCACAAAUUGGAUUGUAUUUUUUCCCCAGUUCUGCAGCCAGUCCUGAGCUGCUGCAGGGACUUGGGUCCCGUUAACGUCCCCAUGUCGAGGUGGCAGCCAGGUGCUGUGCAUGUACAGUUUUAGUCAGUCUGGCUCUGGCAAUGCCAUAUUUAAACUCAUUUGCCAUGCGAUCACGUUGAUAAUUAAAUUCAUGAAGAUCCUGUCAAACUAGCUCCCAAGUUUAACACUUUGCUUAAAGUACCAGGGUGCUAUAAAGAAGCAGCAGGAGGAAAAAAAAAA